AUGACAAACUUAGAAAACAUCUGUGACAAGUUUAACUCCUCAAUAGAGAAUAUGAAACUUAUAGUUUGCAAUAAACUUCAAAGUAUAGAUACAACAAAAGUUUUGAACUCAGAUGCUUUGAAGAGUCUUAUAACAGACAAAGUUGGAGUUGUUGAAAGAAAGUAUAAAGACCAACGAGUUUGUGAAAAUGUUGCAAACUUCAUUAUGGUUUCAAACAAUGCUGUUCCGAUGAAGUUAGAAAGUUCUGACAGAAGAUAUGUAGUUGUCAGAACGUCGGAUUCUCAUAUGCAAGAUACAGAAUAUUUUGACGACUUAGCAGAAACUUUGACAUCUGACUUUUACAACCACCUGUUCUCAUAUUUCAUGACAUUAGAUAUUUCUAAGUUCAAUCCAAGACAAAUUCCACAUACCGAAGAGAGACAAACAUUGUUAGAAGCAAACAAGAGUGUAUAUGAACUGUUCAUAGAUGAAACUGACUUUGAGUGUUUAGAUGAAAGGUCAUUGUACGAUUCGUAUAAACAAUAUUGUCAAGAAUAUGGUUAUAUGACAGCGUCUAAACGAACAUUCUUGGCAAAUGUCAAAAGUCUUUUAGAUGUUCAGAAUGGUGUAUAUACAAAGAAAAUUUUUUAUGAGUAA